ACGUACCUAACAGAGUUUGUGCCUGUUAUACAAAAGCUUAAUUGAGUUGCAACUCAACUCAACUUCAACUUUUCAUCGACCGUUGGUUUAGCCUAAAAUUUUAUUUCUCACUUUUGAGAACGGCGACUAAAAAUAAAGGGAAAACGGGUGCCGGUUUGCUUUCGGGAGGCGUAUACGCCAUCCAGGUCCACUCGUCUUGGGACAGGAAGAGUCAAGAUCAACAAACGACAAGACAAAACGUAUUGUACGUGUGUAAUAUGAAAGAGAGAAAGAAACAGCAAAGGCAGAAGGGAAAAGCGUGCCACGCGAUAGUCGUUGAAUCAGCAUCGGGCCUUUAGACGCAGCCAUUUUCUACUCAAAAGUCUAAUGGAACACGAUUAUAUUCCUCAGCCACAUUCACCCAGCUAAUUAGGUAUCGCCAUUUCUCUCGAUUUGUCUUUUAGCCGGGGUCUCUUGGCGUGGAGACCCCCAAGACGAUAUACGAGCCACCCAGCGAGGCAGUGACUCUUUGGGUUGUGUUGGCUUCGGGACGAUCAAUGGAGCGACGCGACCUGAAAACGUUAGAGGUCAAGAUUCAAUUAUUCAGAGUUACUUGUACAGUAUUGUGAUAUACACAAUUAUUUGUUUGUUGACAUUUAAUUUCUAGACAUAUAACUAACGUUCCGUCUCCCUUGCAUCGGCACGAGGGGCUUUAAUUUCCCCUGCAGCGCAUCCAAAUGUAAGGACUCAACCCACAAGACGUCGACCACCACCAACAGCUGUAGACUCAUAAUACAAGAACAAUUAUAUGAACCUGUCUGUUGAAGAAGAAGAAGAAGAAGAAAAAAGUCUUUAUGACCCCAUCAAGAUUGACUGUCGUUUCACCACAUGGCUCAACACGUCAUGAUGAUGAAGCCAAGUAAUUAAUCCCUUCAUCUCUAGUUCCACUGACAGAUUCCAAGAGGCCUCUCAAUAAACUUUAUUAAAUACCUCGCAGACAUUACUCUUCUCUUUUGAGCCAAUUCGAGGGGUUAAUCGUGAGUAAGAUCACAUGUUGGUUGGCAUUCAAGUAUUUCUGUAGCGUGCCGGGAACCCUUUAAUCUCAACCUGCAGCAAUGGAAUGUCAUUCUGAUGUACGUCUGCACUCAUCGGGCACAAUCUAGACUCUACUUUCCUAUCUGAUCUGAUCAAAUCUCCUCGGCUGAAGGUCUCAAAAGUGAUAUCUUGCGUCCUCACGUGCCUCAGUCUUAACGGACGGAUUAUAUGCUCUGCUCUGUUGUAAUCUCGGAGCCAUGUCCUGAAGAGUCGAUGCGAUGCGACGCUGGCUCUUAACAAAGACCAACGCUCACGUGGAGGGAAGGCUUGAGAUCGAAUUGCAUUUUGAAUUGAAAAGCUUCUCUACAAAUUGGGAAUGUCAAAUCUGAGACAUCCACGUUUCUCUAUUUUGAUAUUGGAAGAGGAUAGAGAGGGAAUCUGGUCUAAGACGCUGCGUACGCGUGACUUAAAUCAGCUCUCUAGCCUCCUACAGGAAUCCUCAUUCUUCUAUGACCUAGGCAAUUUGACUCAGCGAUUGAACGUCAACUUGGUAGGCCAUUUUACAUACAAACAAAUCAACGAAUUCGUUAAUAAUAUCUACCAAUUGCUACUGGGAGCUUCAGUAUCCUCUCAUUGCAGCUUAGUUCUUUGUUCGCUCUGCCCCGGUGGCGUUGGCCUCCGCAGCGACUAAAGCACAGCUUUGACCAAAAAUAGUAACUUGAUCGCGUGUCGUCGUAUCGCCCCCAGGAACAAAGCC